AUGUCCACCACUGCUCAAGGAUCAAUAUCCGCAACCAGCAGCACACGUUUCACAGCGACCUUUGUCCUCCCCGGAAGUGGUCUGCAGGCUAACUUCGCUGGAGACUUCAGCUCCAGUGUCCAGACGUUCAACAGCGCCAAUGCGGUCGUGACCUACAACAAAGAGAGCGAUCUCACCGGCACCCGCGAAUUCAGCGGCCAAAUUGGCGUCACCAACAUCAAGCUCACGCUCACCAAUGGUGUGACCAUUCAAGGUAUAUUGGACAUGCCCAUUUCCCCUGCCGACAGUGUCUCAGGAAGCGGAGUCUGGGAUCAGAACUAG